AUGAAUGGUCCCAUUCCCGAACCCGUAGUGGACAUUCAGGUCCAAGUGACAAGACUCUCUCCAUCAGAAGAAUUUACAAACUCACGCCGAUUCAUCAUCAAUACCAUAAACAAGGAGAUCCGUGUAAACCUAACCACAGGCGAUCAAACCCAAACGUCAGAGUCAUUUACAUAUUAUUCCACCAAUUUCAGUCUUCCUAGUUUUAGUCACCACGACAUCCAAUCAAAACUCCAAAAUAUACUCCAUAGCGAAGAACAUUGGUUGUGCGAUCGCUUAGUCCCAAAGAUCUCAACGACUGCUAUCAAUUCAGGUUUUGGGGAGAAUGACAUUGAAUUGACCGUGCACGUCACAGUUACUUACCGGCGAGAGUACGUCGAGGUUAUUCCCGUUCCCGCCGAGACAUUAUUAGAUGUAUUGAGGAGGGUGGUUCUACAAGGGAGGAUUGAAGCAGAUGAACUGAAGAGUUUGAACAUGGAAACAGAGUCAUGUUCCAUCUGUCUCCAGAGUCUAGGCUCCAGUUCGAAAAUACCCAGUCGCAUGAGUUGUUCCCAUGUUUUCCAUGAUAGCUGUCUCGUGGAGUGGCUCUUACGCAAAAACACUUGCCCUUUGUGUCGGACUGUGCUCUACGAUGUGUCGGACUCUGCUCUACUAUCGGUGAUUGGAACAGAGGAAUGA